AUGUUGAGUAGAUUAAUAGUGGCUUUUACAUUUAUCAUUGUAGGCAUUGUUGUAUUUGACCAUGUACAAGGUCAAAGAGAUCCACCAAGUCACACUACUCCAACUAUGAGACACAAGUUUCUUCACCAAACAUCAACAACAAUAACAAAUCAAAAGCGUCACCAUCCAACCACAAGUGCAUGGCAUAAAUAUAUGACCAAACAUUCAGUUCACACUACUCCAACUAUGAGACACAAACAUCACUUUACAACAACCUCAACUGAAACUCACACUAAUAAAACUGGACAAGAUAAAUGUCCAUACGCAAAUAAAUCAGAAAAUUUGAUAAGCUCAAUAUUGGAUUUGAUUCCUCAUAUAAAAGCUGAAUUAGCAGAAAAGGAUUUGGUCAGCUUAGUAUUUGACUGGAUUCCUCGUAUAAAAGCUGAAUUAGCAGAAAAGGAAUAUUUUCAAACGCUCAUACAUCUUAUGAAAGAAAUAGUUGAACGAAAAAUACAACCAAAACACUCUCCUUCAGCAAAUGCAACUGUUAAAAGGAAACAUCCUUAAGAUAUUAAUAUUACUAAUUCAUAAUUCAUGAUAACUUUUUCUAUAAUACUUAUACAUUCGUAAUUAAAACAAUUUAUAAUACUUU